AUGUGUGGAAUCUUCGGUUACAUUAACUAUCUGGUCGAGCGGGACCGCCAGUUCAUCAUUAACACCUUGCUCAAUGGCCUGUCGAGACUGGAAUACCGUGGCUAUGAUUCGGCCGGUAUGGCCGUCGAUGGUGACAAGAAGAACGAGGUCUGCGCUUUCAAGGAAGUCGGCAAGGUCGCCAAGUUGAAGGAGCUUAUUGCCGAGAGCAAGCCGGACAUGACCAAGAGCUUCGAGUCCCACGCCGGUAUAUCGCACACCCGUUGGGCCACCCAUGGCACACCUUCCCGCCUGAACUGCCACCCCCACCGAUCCGACCCCACCUGGGAAUUCGCGGUCGUCCACAAUGGUAUCAUCACCAACUACAAGGAAUUGAAGGCCUUGCUGGAGACCAAGGGCUUCCGAUUUGAGACCGAGACCGACACCGAAUGCAUUGCCAAACUGGCCAAGUACCUGUACGACCAGCACCCGGACAUUGAGUUUACCGUCCUGGCCAAGGCCGUCAUCAAGGAGUUGGAGGGUGCCUUCGGCUUGUUGAUCAAGUCGGUGCACUACCCCCAUGAGGUCAUUGCCGCCCGGAAGGGUUCCCCCUUGGUGAUUGGUGUGCGAACCUCGAAGAAAAUGAAGGUGGACUUUGUCGAUGUGGAAUACUCGGAAGAGGGGGCUCUUCCUGCGGAGCAGGCCUCCCAAAAUGUUGCCCUCAAGAAGUCGGCCACCAGCCUUCUCGCUCCCCCCGACAAGUCGCUGUUGCACCGUUCUCAGUCGCGCGCUUUCCUGUCGGACGACGGGAUCCCUCAGCCCGCCGAGUUCUUCCUGUCCUCUGACCCCUCCGCCAUUGUUGAGCACACUAAGAAGGUUCUGUACCUGGAGGAUGAUGACAUCGCCCAUAUCCACGAGGGCCAGCUGAACAUUCACCGUCUGACUAAGGACGACGGCACCUCAAAUGUUCGCGCUAUUCAGACCAUUGAGCUGGAGCUGCAGGAGAUCAUGAAGGGCAAAUUCGAUCACUUCAUGCAGAAGGAGAUCUUCGAGCAGCCCGAGUCCGUUGUCAACACCAUGAGAGGUCGUCUGGAUGCCGUCAACAAGAAGGUGACUCUGGGUGGUCUGCGUCAAUACAUCUCUACCAUCCGACGCUGCCGACGUCUGAUUUUCAUUGCCUGUGGUACCAGUUACCACUCCUGUAUGGCUGUUCGUGGUGUCUUCGAGGAACUCACGGAAAUUCCCAUCGCGGUUGAGCUUGCCUCUGAUUUCCUGGAUCGCCAGGCACCGGUGUUCCGCGACGAUACCUGUGUGUUUGUUUCCCAAUCCGGCGAGACCGCAGAUUCGCUCAUGGCUCUUCGAUACUGCUUGGAGCGAGGCGCGUUGACGGUCGGUGUAGUCAAUGUUGUCGGCUCCUCCAUCUCUCUCCUCACUCACUGCGGUGUCCACAUCAACGCGGGUCCCGAGAUUGGCGUGGCCUCGACCAAGGCCUACACCUCUCAGUUCGUCGCCAUGGUCAUGUUUGCGUUGUCCCUCAGCGAGGACCGUGCUUCCAAACAGAAGCGACGAGAGGAGAUCAUGGAGGGUCUCGGCAAGGUCUCAGAGCAGUUCCGGGAGAUCCUGAAGCUCAAUGAUCCCAUCAAGGAGAUGUGUGCUAAGUUCUUCAAGGACCAGAAGAGCUUGCUUCUGCUCGGCCGUGGUGCCCAAUUUCCUACCGCCCUUGAAGGUGCCCUGAAGAUUAAGGAAAUCUCAUACCUCCACUGCGAGGCGGUCAUGUCCGGUGAACUGAAGCACGGUGUCCUGGCCCUAGUUGAUGAGAACCUGCCUAUCAUCAUGAUUCUUACUCGUGACAAUCUGUUCACCAAGUCCCUCAACGCCUACCAGCAAGUGAUUGCUCGUGGCGGCCGGCCCAUUGUGAUCUGCAACCAAGAUGACCCCGAGUUCUCGGCUGCCCAGACCGAGAAGAUAGUUGUGCCGAAGACCGUGGACUGUCUUCAGGGUCUGCUGAAUGUCAUUCCCCUGCAGUUGAUUUCAUACUGGCUCGCUGUCGGCGAGGGUCUGAACGUGGAUUUCCCGCGUAAUCUGGCCAAGUCGGUCACUGUGGAGUAA